GCUUGCUAGUGAUCGCAGUCAGUGGUGAGAACCGGAUCACAUCAGAGGUUCCUGUCUAUUACUGGAGACAUUAGAAUCAGUCAUAUCAGGUCAUCGUUCUCCUACUUCUCUCGGCCCAUCCUUAUCACCAGAAUGGCAUCCGUCUUCAAGCUGACGUCUUCAGUUUUGUGCAUGCUGAUGAUCCUCUCUUGGCCGGCGUCUUCGAAUUCGCAAGAGCGUCAGAUGGGAAGCGAGGAGAUAAUGUUAAAAACCAUGAUGGACAUGGUGAAGGAGAGGGUGAAGGAAGUCUCCUCAAACGAGCAUCUGAUAAAAGCGCUAGACAGUAUGGCAGUGGAUAUCACAACACCAGCAACUGGUGAAGAUUGUAAGAAGCUCACCUUCACUAGCCUAGCCUGCACUCUGGACUUCAUGAUCCCCAACAUAUCAAGUGAGAGGUUAAUGACGCACUUGGAUAAGACUGGCGCAGAGAGGUACCACUCUCUGCUGCAGGAUCUCCUGCCUGACCUCUUUGGCCCAUGCGCCUGUCAGAAGGUCAACAUCAGCACGGGCUGCCCACCAGAAAUGGAGAUGUUGAAAGAGAUCAUCGAAAUCUUCUGUCAACCGGAGACAAAGUCGUCUGAGUGAAGGACACCUCCUCACUGGCAGGGUGCUGUGGGUGACGCGCUCGUCACUGAAGCUAUCUGGUUAAGCAUCGUUGCCGCUGACCAGUAAAUAAUUGGAUGGGUUACAGUGUAGAUACAGUCUUUUUUACACAAAUACUCGCACACAGGAGAAUGAAGCUAUUAUUGACGUUUCGGUCCGGCUUGGACCGAAACGUCGUCAUUAGUUUCAUUCUCCUACGUGCUGGUAUUUGUGUAGUGUUCCAUUCACGGAAUUGUGCCUUUUUACUCUUAGCAGUCUCUAUCCGGCUUCCAAUUCGUAGCACGGGAUGUACAAUAAUGAUUUAAAAAAAAAUACAUUGUCGUUGCACUUUGCAAAUAAACACUUGAAAUUA